ACAGUCUCAAAACCCAACCAACCCAAAAAAGCCCAACCACCAUGCACUGCCUCUUUUACCUCGCUUGCUUCUUGGCCGUCCUUCAGUCGGCGUUGGCCGUGCCAACUAUUGCACCUCGAGCAGACACUACGGCUACCAAAGGCCACUCCGACGAGAAGUGCUGGGGCGUUUACUCCUACUCGUGCUUCGGAGGCGGCAUGUAUUCCUUCAACUCACUUCUCUACCCUUGGUCUUGGUACGGCGCUUCCGCCUAUUUGCCCUACAACUCUCUGUUCAGCUACUCCGGUUACCCUGGAUAUGGUGGCCUCUGGAAGAAAGACGCUUCGGAUGCUGGUAAAACACCCAGCACAUUGCGAUCCCAGGAAGCCGAUACAUCUUGA